CGGGUGAAACAUCACGAGAUUUCACCUGGGCUGGGAGAACUGUCUGGGUGAUCAGCCCCGAACGAGAACCAAAGUGUCGAGAGGACCGUGAACAUCGAGCCCGCCCAGGUCACGGCACGCCCCGUCCCGGUCCUACCGAGUGACCGCUCCUCUCUGCACCGGAGCACCUGCACGUGCAGCGAGGGAAACGCGCCGCGGGACGCGCCGAGUUGCUGAGGAGGUGACGGCGCAUGACGUGACGUGAACUCCUGGGGGUGGACGCGGCGGGCGGGAGGUCGCGUCGCGUGCUUGGGCACAACAAGCUCAGCGGGCGCUGCUCGGACGUCUCGCGCAGGCACUGCAGUCUGGACCACGAGCUGUCUGGCAGGAGGAGGAGGAGGAGGAUGCGGCGCGCGGUCUCUGCUUCUGACGUUCACGUUGCACUGACGUAGACGCGAGGGACGCGAGGGGAUCCGAACCAACGCACGGACCGUGCAGGAGGAUAUCGGAACAGUUUUUUCUGUUUUUAAAACAAGUAAUUAUCAUUCGGUUGGUUUUGAAGCGUCCGAGCCAUGGCGGAGAGAAGUGGCAGGUUGAGUUUCCCCGGGAGCGGGUCUCUCAACAGGCCGGUCCCGAUGAACCUGUUCGCAACGUGGGAGGUCGACGGCUCGUCGCCCAACUGCAUCCCCCGGUGAUGCAGCACCCCACCGAGGGCGGCCAGGUGCUCCCGCUGUGCUCCAACCAGAAGGAGGCCCUGGGCAAGGUGGCGGAGAUCUGGGUGUUCUCCCUGUCCAGCCAGCCCAUCGACCACGAGGACGCCGCGCUGCAAGGGGAGCAGAAGACCAAGUGCUCGGAUAACUACUCGGAGGAAGAGUACGAGAGCUUCUCGUCGGAGCAGGAGGCGAGCGAUGACGCCGUCCAGGGCCAGGAUCUUGAGGAAGACGAGUACGACGUGCGGAAGCCAAAGAAGCAGCGACGGUCGAUCGUCAGAACGCCUUCCAUCACCAGGCAGCAGAACUUUAAGCAGCGGGUUGUGGCUCUUCUGAGGAGGUUCAGAGUAUCAGACGAGGUGCUGGACUCGGAGCAGGACCCGGCCGAGGCGGCCCCGGAGCUGGAGGAGGACCUGGAGAGUCUGGACUUCGAGAACCCCAGCGACAGCGGCCCGGAGCUGGAGGACGACGACAGCGUGCUCAGCACCCCCAAGCCCAAGCUCAAGCCCUACUUCGAGGGACUGUCUCUCUCCAGCUCCCAGACGGAGAUCGGCAGCCUUCACAGCAGCCGGAGCCACCGAGAGCCACCCAGUCCGGUGGAGCCGGAGAAUAUGCGCGGGGUCGGGGCUAAGUUCCCGGCCGACAGUGUGUCUGAUACCGUGUCCUUUGAGCAGCCAGGGGUCGUGACCCCCACCACCGAGCUAGAGAUGGACAACAUGGACAUGUUUCUGGAGAGACUGCCUCCUAUUGGCAAGAUGACGAAAACAGAAUCGCUCAUCAUUUCAUCCAACAGGCAGGAGCCCAAGUUAGCGGGGCGUCGGGGCCGCAGCACGUCCCUGAAGGAGCGGCAGCCCAGCCGACCUCAGAACGAGAGAGCCAACAGCCUGGACAACGAGCGCGCCCUGGACACACGCUGCCACCUGCAGAUCCCCAGGAAGACGGUGUACGACCAGCUGAACCACAUCCUGGUGUCGGACGAGCACCUGCCCGACAGCAUCAUCCUGGUCAACACCUCCGAUUGGCAGGGCCAGUACCUGGCGGACGUGCUGCAGAACCACCAGCUGCCCGUGGUCUGCACCUGUACCACGGCCGACAUCCAGGCCGCCUUCAACACCAUCGUGUCCCGCAUCCAGAGAUUCUGUAACUGUAACUCGCAGACCCCGGUGCCCAUGAAGGUGGCGGUGGCGGGCCCCCAGCAUUACCUCAGCGCCGUGCUCCGCCUCUUCGUGGACCACCUGACCCACAAGACCCCUGAUUGGCUGGGAUACAUGCGCUUCCUCAUCAUCCCCCUCGGCGCCCACCCGGUUUCCAAGUACCUGGGCUCCAUCGACUACCGCUACAACAGCCUGUUCCAGGACGCAGCCUGGAGGGAGCUCUUCCACAAGGCCGAGGCCCCCGUCGUGGCGCAGGAGAGCCCGGACGUGGUUGCCAGAGUAACGCAGUACAUGCUGGGGGCCAACGGGGCCCACCAGCUCCCCAUCGCAGAGGCCAUGCUGACCUACAAACAGAAGAGCCCUGAUGAGGAGUCUUGCCAGAAGUUCAUCCCCUUCGUCGGGAUGGUGAAGGUCGGGAUGGUGGAGCAGGCUUCAGCUACGUCAGGUGACUCUGACGACGCAGCUCCCCCGGGCUCCUCGAUGCUGUCCUCCACCCCCCCUCAGGGGUCCCCCUCCCUGAAGGAGGCCUCGCCCACGCCGCCCCCCUCCUCGCCCUCCGUCCACACCAGCUUCAGCGCGUACAGCUGCGGCGGGCCCGGGGAGCUGAUGGGGCUGCAGGUGGACUACUGGGUGGCGCCCGCCGAGCGCAAGAAGGACGUGGAGAAGCGCGACGCAUCGUCCAAGAACACGCUGAAGUGCACCUUCCGCUCGCUGCAGGUCAGCCGGCUGCCACUGGGGGGCGCCGAGGGCAACCCCUCGCUGCCCACCAUGUCCAUGACCGUGGUCACCAAGGAGAAGAACAAGAAGGUCAUGUUCCUACCAAAGAAGAGUAAAGAUAAGGAGGUGGAGAGCAAGAGUCAGCUGAUCGAGGGAAUCAGCCGCCUCAUCUGCACUGCCAAGCAACAGCAGACCAUGUUGAGAGUGCUGAUCGACGGAGUGGAGUGGAACGACGUCAAGUUCUUCCAGCUCGCCGCCCAGUGGUCGUCCCACGUCAAGCACUUCCCCAUCGGGAUCUUCGGCCACACCAAGGGCCCCUACUAGAGGCCCCCGGCCCCCAAAAGACUGAAAGCAAACACACACCCCGACCCCAUGCCCUCCCCCCCUCCCCCACCUGCUACCCCGCGUCAUAAUGUUUGCGUGUUCUUUUUUAAAUUAAUUAUAUUUGUUACGUACAUACAAACGACGCUCGUCAAACAGAGCCUCUUGAGGAGAGUUCCUUCCCGCCUUUUUUGAAAACUGAUGUUUUUAUUGAAACUGGUGAAAAACUGACAUCGUGAUUUGAGUAUUAACGUCGUAGUGUUUUCCUCUCCCUCUUUUCACUCGCAGCUUGGUGUUAUGAUUGAGCUUUUGAUUUUGAACACUUCAGUUUGUGAGUCUCUGAGGCUGUCUGGAUGUGAAGAGCUGGUCGUCUUCUUGCUCGGGUCAACGACGACUCAAACCUCCUGCUUUGAGACAAAGAACAAACACAAGACCUUUGACCUUUGACCCUGUGUGUUUGUUCGAACACGUAUGGAGUGUGCAAUAGAGCUUUUUCACAGGGCGGCCAUGUUGUGUUUGUUCGGGGGGGGGGGGGGGGGGGGGGUGGUGGAAACCUAGAAUCUUUUGAAACCAUGACAACUCGACUCACACCAUUCUUAGUCCCGCGUUCCAUUUCCGCCCUCACCCAUGUAGCAGUUAGAACUUAGCCUUACCGUUGAGUCGUCACGGUUUCACCAAAGAUAUCUACAAGGUUCCCCCACCCAGCGUACCAAUAUGGCCGCCCGUUGGAAAGGUCAAUAACAAGCAAUGUCAAGAUGGAGGCCCUGCCUUACCUGUGGUUUUCUUUCUUUGUUCAAGCGUCCUGUCUUCUCUGAGCUACACUGUCCUCGUUUUUCAAGAUGCACCUUGUCUCAACGAUUUUGAGUGUCAAUGAUCUUAAUGACAAUGUUUCGGUUAAAAAAAGGCUACUGUUCUUCUGACAACCAAACCGAUAGCACAAGAUUUAAAUUAAGUUCAACUAAAAGAAGGUACGGAGAACUAAUAAAACUGUUAUAGCUGCAAAAAUAUUGACGAAAAAAGGGCAAAGCUUCAGGUUUUUUUAAUCAACGAGUAUUUUCUAACGAAUGUCUGUUUAUUUCCGAACCUCUGCACUGUCCCCCGUUUCCCAACACACUCCGGUCCAUCACCAGGUAAGACUUGGCCUAGACUUCUCCACAAGCCUCUCCCUCUCUCGACGCACCCACGGUGUUCCAGCUCCCCCCCCUCCCCCCCCCAAGACCCUCGAGGAGAACAUACCGCCCCCCCCUGAGGGCACUGUAAUGUAAAGCACUUUUGAAACGUUUGUCCCGGUUUUAGACCAGUAUUUAAACGCACUGUAGUCAGUCCAUCCGAGCUUACCAACCGCACAAAACAACGUUGAUAUGCAAUCCAGAAAACGAGCCAGUAGACCGGUCACUCUGAGUACGAUAGGCCCCCAUAUGCCACUCGGAACACGAAUCAUAAGUUUGAUGGGUUUUUACUUAAUGGACCCCCCAUAACCGCCCCCAAACCCCCCUUCCCACCCUCUUUAAUGGUCUUUACUAAACACAUCUUAAUCAACCGACCCAUAAUUAGUAAGUUGGUAGGCCUUCCUAUGGCAGCAAUGGGACAAGCAUCAAGUUAGCUGUUGACGUGUGUUAGCGUUUCUAAAAAAGUUUAGCAGUGUUAUAACAUGAUUUAGAUUUUGUCCCCCUUUUUACUUACGAGUCCUCGGUUUAAAAAAACCUCAACUAAUAUUGACAAUGUAUCGUUUGUUUAAAUGCCAUUUAUUUAUAUCCAUUGCCAAUUUUUUUUUAAUAAGUGCCUACAUUUCCCAAUUCUGACAAAUCAACUCCGCCCCUGGCUUAUGGUGCUGAGUCUGGUGUUUGCUAAUAAACUUGAUUGGAUGUCGUGGACGGAGGCUGCUUUGACAUCAUAUCAGAAAACAUGUCGAGAGUCGGUCUACCGAACGUCUACUGCGCAGGGAGGAGCCGACACCGUGAAGGUGGGGCGCAGCAGAAUUAACAACAGACCCCCCAUUGUUGAUUUCUAGACGACAUUUUAGCCCCUUUGUUUUGUAUUUGUCUUGAAAAGGCUUGUUACGCGUUCCCACUGUAAUCCCAACAUUGGGAGUAAUAAAACUACUAUACACACUAUU